AUGAAGUACACUUCUGCCCUCCUGGCCCUGGCUGCCACCGCCAUCGCCACCGGCGACGACCAUGACCACGGCAAGGACAAGACGAAGACGAUCACGACGGUGACCGAGACAACAAUUACAACUUUGUGUCCUACGACCAAGACCCACUACGGUCCCGGAACCACAUACUAUGAAACCGAGACCGUGACUUCGACCAUCGUCACAAAGGUCCCAACUGUGAUCAUCGAGACCGUCCCGGGCCCUACCGACUACGCCACCGAAACAGAUGUCUCCUGGACUACGUAUACAUCAUACUGUCCAAUCACUAAGACUGUGACUGGGGAUGGGCACACUUACGUCACAACCGUGACUGAGCUGAGCACCAUCACCGAGAAGGUCCCUACCAAGGUCUACGAGACUAUUCCCGGUCCUACUGCCGUCGUCACCGCCACUACCAAGACCAUCACUGAGGAAGGACACACUUAUACCGUCACCACCACCGAGCUCUCCACGAUCGUCACCGAGGUUCCCACCAAGGUCUACGAGACUGAGAAGCUCCCAGACGUGACCAAGACGGAGAAGGAGGUGGAUUAUGUCACAAUAACCAGCUUGUGUCCUGUCACUGAGACCAAGGUUGUUGAUGGCCACACCCAGACAAUUGUCUACACCACCACGAGCACCAUCGUGACCAAGGCUCAGACCACGGUGGAUGUCUACACCACUCUCAAGACCACCAAGCAUGUUGAAACUGAGGUCUACGAGACAAUAACAAAGCCUGAGACCACCUACAAGACCAUUGAGCACGGCGAGACCAUCUGGGUGACCAGCACGGACACCAAGAAGAUCUACGUGACGGCCGUCAAGACCAUCACUGAGGUCUACCCCGAGACCAAGACGAAGCACGUUGAUGUCACGGUCCCCGUCACCGUCGGCGGCGAGUCGGUCGUCACUCAGAAGUCCUGGGUUUAUGUUACUGUCUCCGGCACUGUCCACCAGACUCUGACCCAGGCCCCCUCAACCGUCAUCGUCCCGACCACCAGCGCUGUCACUCUUCCAGGAACUACCGUCGCGUCUACUGCACCCUUGGUUGUUCCGACGGCUGCUGCCAACGCCCAGAAGGCCCCCGCCGCGGCCUUCUUGGCUGGUCUCUUCGGCGCCGUUGCUCUGCUCUGA